AUGGCUGUGUCCGGAUUCGUGGUGGGUCUCCUGAUCGUGUCCACCUCGGCCGUGUUCCCGGUGGUGGUGUCACGCCACGCGCAUCUCCGCACCGCCACCAACUACCACAUCAGCGUGCUGUGCGUCUCUGACUGCGUGGUCGGCCUCACCCUAGUGCUCUACCCGACGGUGCGCAUCCUGUGGCCCGAGCUGGGCCUCUCCGCCGGCCUGUGCGUCACCGUGCUCUCCAUCAGCUCUGUGUGCUUCACCGUGUCCAACGGCGUCAUGUUCUGGCUGGCGCUGGACCGGCGCACGGCCAUCCACCAUCCGCUGGUGUACCCGCUGUUGGUGACGGCCUCCACCGUGCGCUGGGAGCUGCUGCUCACCGGGCCGCCGGCCCUGCUGCUCGUCGUUUUCACCCUGGCUACGCGCCAGCUGAGCGAGCCACCGCUGCCGGACAUCAUCCCCAAAUGUUUCACGGCCUGGCACCUGGUGGUUGGAGACGGCGCGUUCUUGCUGAACGGCGUCAACCUGCUGGUGAUCGGCGCCACGCUGGCGCUCAGCGUGGACGUGCUGCUGGAGGCGCGCCGGGUGCUGCGCGCCGCCGUCGUCCCGCUGCCGCACCAGAUGGCUGAACGGGUCCGCCUGCGCCAGCACGUGCGCACCUUCUACUACUUGCUGCGUGUGCUGGUGCUGUACGGCGUCUGUCUGAUCCCGUACAGUGUGUAUGCGCUGGUGAUGGCGUGGUGGGAUGUGCCCCUCAGCACCGACCGCUCGGAAAGGCUGUGGAACGCCUUCAUGGUUCUGCGGGCCGUUUUCAACCUGGCCGACUCCUGGGUCUAUUGCAGCAACCCUGAGCUGCGUCAGGCCAUCCUGCACCUCUGCUGCCGCUCUCAGUUCGGCCUCUACCCGUAACUGAAGCGUUUAGGAUGGAGGCUGGUGGCAGAGCCGCGCAGCCUGGCGACGAACGAUAGCGGCGAGCGCCACAGCUCGUUUUUUUUUUAAGCGGUUUGACCCAAAGCUCAUUAUCGAAACUCUCACGAGAGUUUUGGCAACUUCAGCGUCUGGCCAAGAGUUUCUUGCCGCUAAAAUAUUCAAUUUCAAAUUGUGCUCGGUAAAUACAUAAAAAUUGUGUCUUCAAAAAUGAGUUUAGGGGAGAGUGGGGCUAUGCGUUGCACUUUUUGGUCUUCUGCACUUAGUGGCCAAGCUAUUCAAUGAAAUUGCACCAAAUUUGGUCACAUGCUAGCUGAAUCAAUUUGGAAAGCACAUGCAAGCUUUCACUUCUUUGCGACUAUUCACUUUUAUGUGAAAUUCAGAAACCAAAGCAAGAUUUUUGGGGUAAGUUGAAAAAUUGUGGGGCAACUUGAUACACGAUAUGGGAUAACAUGUUACACUUCUUUUUUCGUAGUUUCUUCAUCAUUAGGUAUAACUGUCAUUGGCCGUCCUAUCGGAACCGAUCGUAACCCUCCCUAAUGGAUAUUACUAAACAUGCUAUCCUUUCUCGAAUUGAAAGGCAAGAACAAUAAAGCAUAAACCAUUAAAGGAAGGGUGCCACCUUC